AUGGUCGCGCCACACCCUCAGGACGCGGUGCAGAGCCUAUCGCUCGUACACCCGGAGCAGUUCUGGGCUCGUCACGCAGCGCAGCUACACUGGCACAGGAAGCCGUCUCGCAGCCUUCGUAGAGGAACCAAGGUCUUGCCCGGCGGCGUCGAGCAUGAGAGCUGGACGUGGUUCCCGGACGGCGAGAUCUCGACGACGUACAACUGCGUAGACCGCCAUGUGCAUGCCGGACGGGGCGAGGACGUUGCUGUCGUCUGGGAGUCGCCGGUGACGGGACGCGAGGAGAAGAUUACUUACCGCCAGCUGCUGGGGGAAGUGGAAGUGUUGGCUGGGGUCUUGAGGGAAGCAGGCGUUCGGAGAGGUGAUGUGGUGGUGAUUUACAUGCCCAUGAUACCCGCUGCGAUGGUUGCGGCACUGGCAAUUGCAAGACUGGGGGCAAUCCAUGCUGUUGUCUUUGGCGGGUUUGCGGCAAACUCGCUUGCGCAGAGGAUAGAGGCAGGCGAGCCAAAGGUCAUCAUGACCGCAUCCUGUGGUGUCGAAGGGACGAAAGGCGCCAUCGAUUAUAGACGGCUGGUCGAGGACGCUGUCUCCAAGAGCUCGUUUAAGCCUGAAAAGGUGCUUGUCUGGCAGCGGGAGGAGCUCCGCUGGUCGCCUAUACGGGAGAACCUGGGCCAGCGCGAUUGGCAGCGUCUAGUGGAGGAUGGGAAAAGGCGUGGUCUACGGGCUGAUGCUGUGCCUAUAAGGAGUGAUGAGGGUUUGUACAUCAUCUAUACCAGUGGUACGACCGGUACUCCCAAGGGAGUCCUGAGAGAAGCCGGUGGCCAUGCUGUUGGCCUUAACUUGUCCAUCAAAUAUCUCUUUGAUAUCAAGGGGCCUGGAGAUGUGAUGUUCUGUGCCUCGGAUCUAGGAUGGGUUGUUGGUCAUUCGUUCAUCCUCUACGCACCGCUCCUUGCCGGGGCUACGACGGUGCUGUACGAAGGUAAGCCAGUGGGCACUCCAGACGCAGGUAGCUUCUGGAGGAUAGUCGAGAAACAUAAAGUGAACGCUCUGUUCACCGCGCCGACUGCGUUGAGGGUGAUACACAGGGAAGACCCGGCGGCAAAGCUAUUCGACCAGGUCGGCCAACGUGGAGGGUUGAAGCAGCUCCGAGCCCUCUUCCUGGCAGGCGAGAGAAGCGAGCCUAGCAUCGUGUUAGCGUUCCAAAAACUCCUCGAUAGGCAUGCCGCGCCGGGUGCGAUGGUUAUAGAUAACUGGUGGUCGUCAGAGUCUGGAUCGCCGAUGACGGGGCUUGCGCUGAGGCCUGAUAUGGGGAUCGCUGGCGGGAAGAUUCCGGCCACCAGGGCGCUGAGAGCGAAGCCAGGAUCUGCCGGUAAGCCAAUGCCUGGAUUUGACGUGCGUGUUGUCAACGACGAGGGCGAUGAGGUAGAGUACGGUACGAUGGGGAAUAUCGUGCUUGCUCUACCAUUCGCGCCGACGGGGUUCACAACCCUGUUCAACGACGACGAGCGGUUUUACAACGGGUAUCUCAAGCGCUUUUCAAGCCGAUGGAUGGAUACCGGCGACUCAGGCAUGAUCGACCAGGACGGCUAUGUCCAUAUCAUGUCGAGGUCCGAUGAUGUUAUCAACGUAGCUGCACACAGGUUCAGCACAGGAGCCAUCGAACAAGCCAUUCUCUCUCAUCCAAAGGCAGCAGAGGCGAGCGUUGUUGGCGUGCCUGACAGUAUCAAGGGACACAUGCCAUUCGCAUUUGUUCAGCUACAUUCCUCGGCCAUAGCAGGUUCAAGUACGCUACCGGCAACUCCGCCAAGGGAAUUCUUCCAAGAGGUGAAUGCCUUGGUAAGAGAGCAGAUCGGAGCCAUCGCCUCGCUCGGAGGGAUCAUCCAGGGCCAGGGUAUGAUUCCAAAGACACGCAGCGGCAAGACUCUUCGACGGGUAUUGAGGGAGCUGGUGGAGAAGGCAGCUGAGGGCAAGUAUGAUGAGCCGGUCAGCGUUCCGCCAACAGUCGAAGAUCCAGAUAUUGUCGAGGUGGCCAGGCUGAGAGUGAAGGAAUACUUCCAAGCGAAGGCGAAUAGAGACGGACGAGCAAAGUUGUAG